CUGCGAGCCUUUCUCUGAUCACUUCAAACCUGACUAUUGGUACCACUAUGUCUGUCGCGCAUUUCGUCUCCAGGUUUUCACUGUUGGUAGGCCUGCUGCUAGGUGCGGACUGUAAACUGAUAUUCAAUGAGCAUAGUUUCCGAGCUCAGUGUUAUUGCCCCAGGAGAGAAGAACCGACUCUUGCAAUCACAUGUGGCAACCCCCCGUCUCCCUUCAUGCAGUUCAUGGAGGGCCUUCUCAUGGAAGAAUGUACCUUGCAGGAUCCCACUCAGUGCUACCAACCUGAUAUGGAGACAGAGUCUGUUGAUUUCGUGGUGGUGGGGGCAGGAUCGGCAGGAUGUGUAGUGGCAUCCAGGCUCAGUGAGGUUCACCACUGGACAGUCACUCUGUUGGAGGCUGGAGGACCUGCUCCCGUGGGCACUCAACUUCCAGCUAUGUACUUCAACUACCAAGGCUCUCCCAUCGACUGGAACUACCCUCUUGAGAAACAGCCCUACUCUUGUCUCAGUCAACCCGGUAGCUUCUGCUCAUAUCCAAGAGGCAAGGUAAUGGGAGGGACUUCGGUACUGCAUGGGAACAUGUACAUGAGAGGCAACAUCAGAGACUACACAGCCUUAACAGACAUGGGCGAGGUAGCUAGUGCCGACUCUGAGUGGACCUUUACUAUUAACAGUCUAUAA